AUGGAAGAAAUGAGAUCAUUGUUAGAUUCCCUAAUGGGAAAGGACAGAAACGAAACGGAUUCAAAAAAAAAACACACUUUUAAAGAUGAAAAUGUAUGCAAAUAUUAUUUAAUUGAUUUUUGUCCUCAUGAUCUUUUUCCAAAUACAAAAAGUGAUAUAGGGAGAUGCAAAAACAUACAUUCAGAAGUGCUAAAAGAGCAACUUGAAAAUGAUGAAAAUUAUAAAUAUUAUUUAGCCAAAUAUCAACAAAAAUUUAUGAAAAAAAUCGUUGAAAUGGCUGAUAUAAAAAUACAAAGAAGCAGAGAAAAAUUAAAGCAGUUGUCAGAAAAUUCCAAAAAUCCCCUUGAUAAAAAGGAAAAAAUAGAAAGUAUUAACAGCCACAUAUGCGACCUACUGAAGCAGGCUGAAGAAGCAGGAGAAAAGGGAGAUUUAGUAAAGGGUACUAGUUUUAACAACCAAAUUACUACGUUACAAGCGGAAAUUAAAAGAUUGAAUGAAGAACCUGAUCAGACAAGUGAAACUAACUUGAAGGUAUGCGAAGUAUGCGGUGCAAUGAAGUCAAUAGGUGACCUCAUUCAACGAUUUGAAAAUCAUGUCAAUGGGAAACAGCAUUUAGGUUUUGAAAAAAUAAGAAACACAUUGAGUAAAUUAAAAAAUGAAUUAAAAGAGAGAGAAAAAAUUAUUGAAGAACAUCGAAAAACGAAACAUUCUAAUGAAAAUAAUCACUCAAAACGUGAGAAGAGUUAUAGAGAACAUGAACAUAAAAGAAGAUCUAGCAAUCAUAGAAAAAGCUCAAAACGUCAUAGAUCGCAUGAUAAAAGUAGUAGGACACACCACUCUAUUAGGAGCAAACGCUCCAGAAAACAUUCGUCAACCCACAGAAGUAAAUCAAAUAGCACUAGUCAUUCAUCCGAUAGACAUAAAGAGCGUUCUAAUAGAUACAAUUGA